AUGAUCGUGGCAGCCCUCGUGCUUGGCGCUGUGGUCGCCGGGGCCGCUUCUCCCGACAAGGUAGCGCAGCUCUCAGAAGCCAUGGCCACAGAUGCAUGUGCUGACGGGACCUGUGCCUUGCAUGCGCUCCAGCAGAACAUCUCCGCCCUCCCGGCCAACAAUACGAAGCAAAAGAGCGACCCGGCGAACCCACCGCCCAAGGCUGAGAAGCAAGAAGAGCAGGAGGACAAGGACCCCUUCGAUCCGGAGGGCGAUCUGCUUGGAGCCGAUAACUUCGCCGCCACAAAAGUGGCUCUGCUGGCUGGUCCCAAGGCGGAGACAAGGUUUGGGGCAGUGGCAGAGGCAUCGAAGAUGUCAACGGUGGCAAUGUUGGCUACUACAACAACGGCAUGCACGCAGCUCAUGCACGCUGCGGCGGCAGCCACUGCGCCCUGA